AUGCAAAAACGCGUUUUCUGUGUCGACUAUUAUCUGUUUCUGUCAACAGAGCGACCAUUCGACGACCGUACUCUCCUUAGCGCUGUUGACGACUUGUUAGGAGGAUGGUCGUUAUUAAAAGAAUAUCCCAACGUGUCCACGUUUCGUCUGGACGAAGCUCUCGUCCGCCUGCAACAGAACGACAUUGGGACCUUUAGCGAUCUUUACGUGAAUACAAACGAAUUUUCUAGCAACGAAAAUAUCGUGUUCUUUAACAUGCCUGGUCGCCUUUGGGUCCACUGGGGACUGGAGGCAGUGGUCACCACUCCACGCAAUGCAACUGCGCAGUUGAUAAGCAAGUGGGCGCCGAUCGUGCAUCGAUUGCUGAAAAAAGCCAAUACAAGUGUCCAGUGGUCUGCGGUUGAAAAGCGAUUGGAGAAAGCCCUCGAAUUAGAUGUUAUGCUGGCGACGAUGCCAACAGAUCCUGUGGACUUUCUGAGGGGCUCUACGUUUGGUGAUCUUAGUAGACGGCCAUACCGUUCGCGAUUUAUUACAAGCUUUUUAACUCUUUUCAACGCCAUGCUGGAAGCAUCUUCGGUGAAAUUUCGAGCCACAUCCGCAACGCAGUUCGCAAUCCCGAUUUUACAGUAUCUCCUCAAACUGGAUCGAACGAUGGCGCAGCUGGAACGGGACGGGGAUGCGGGACUGGUGACAAUUGCUGAUUGGUUGUGGUGGAUCGCCGUCUAUCACUAUCACCUUAUAUAUCGAGGGACGGGCACCUGCGCGGGACUUGUUAAGGCAGCCAUGCCUUUGGCUGUCUCGGGAAUGUUUUUCAGAACAUACAUACCGUCUGAAGCCAUCCAAAAGGCAGAAGUGCUUACAUCCGAAAUUGCCUCCGCGGUUCGCGACGCCGUCCUCCUUAAAACGGCCUGGAUGGACCGGGCAACGCAAGAAGCCGCCAUGGAUAAGCUAAAUCAUACGCUGCGGAACGUAGGUUAUCCCCAAGGGUUCAUGGACAACUGGAAACUCCUCGAUGACCUCUACACAAAGGCAAGUUAUUCUUGACGCAUUGCCAAGCCUUAAAAAAAGGUUUCUAAUGUCAGAAUAUUGCAAAACAGUAAGCUAAGGUCACCUCGGUAUUCGUGUUGUUACAAGGCCAUCUCAAAACGGAGUCACGGCUGUA